CUUCUUUUUAUUGAGUCUUAUAUUUUCUUUUCUUCCAACUGCAGAUUAUCCAUGAAAAAACAAUGUCGAGCAACAAGAAAAAGCUUAUUAUGAACACAGUUUCAGUCAGCUUAGGUUGCAGCAGUUGCAGGAAAUCCAAGCUGACGAGCUUUUUCAACCCAAAGCCCAAACUGAAACUGAAGCUUAAACCGAAACCGAAACCGAAAUCUCAUUCUCUUCACAAUUACUAUUCUUCAAGCUCUUCCACCAAGAAAACAACAACCCAUUGUUCCUUGUCUGAAUACGAAACAGGCACCUCUUUUUCUCCAAGUACCGACACUGCCAUGUACUGGGACAUGGACAUGGACAACGACCAGGACAGUACCAAGUGUUCAAUGGCGACCGUACGAGGUUUCGGGCAUCUCGGAGGGGAGAGCCUGGCGGUGGAGAAAGACUCGGAUGACCCUUAUUUGGAUUUCAGGCAGUCCAUGUUACAGAUGAUAUUGGAGAAAGAGAUAUAUUCCAAAGAUGAUCUAAAGGAGCUUCUCAACUGUUUCCUGCAGCUGAAUUCGCCUUAUCAUCACGGGAUUAUUGUUCGAGCUUUCACGGAGAUAUGGAACGGGGUAUUUUCCGUCAAGCCUGGUUCCGGCUCCGGCUCCGGUGCUGCUGCAUCCCCGAAGCUUCGUUUUGGGUUCAGGCCAGGAGACUUCUAGCUGGAUGCUGCGGUUUCUUGAUAAAAUAAUAGUAAAUUCUGACAGUUGGCUGAUAAACUCUUGUUAAGCUGUAUUUAAAGAAAUAUAUUUUGGAGUAUUAUGCAGUAGUGAGUUUUUCAUGC